UCUCUCUCUCUCUCACACGGCCGUCGUGACGAAGUGCGGUAGCUUUAAGACAGGGGGCGUGGUGCUGCUGCUGCUGUUUGUGACCGACUUGUCAGUUGCUCCGCUCUCCACUAUCAUUCUGCUGAAUGAACAGCCAGCUUCACUCCAGCCUCGCGGGCCGUUGGCUCUACGACUCACCCACUCCUUCCACCGGCCUCCCCCCUGCGGCUGACAGCUACACGGGAUUAAUAUUAGCACCGUCACCCCGUCGUCAUUGUCACCCGUCAGUCCACGCUCAGCGUUUCUCCCCGUCGCAGCCUGGAGAUCAUGCCCCCAAGAUAGCGACCUGAGCAUCCUCUCCGCUCCCCCCCCUCCCCGCCCUGGGCCCCCUCCUCCUCCCAUUUCCUGGUCCAGCACCACCACUGCCACCUGGGUCACCGCAGCCGCCAUGCCCCCCAGGAAGAGGACUCGGCCCGGCCUGGGCCUCCUGUGCUGCUUUGGCAGCAGUGAGCCUCCUGAGAUCAACCUGAAGGACAGCGUGCCGCUGCAGCUGCUGGAGUUCAGCGCCCCCAUGCCACCAGCAGAGGAGCUGCAUGCACGUUUUUCUGAACUUGUUGAUGAACUGGACCUGACGGACAAGAACAGGGAGGCCAUGUUUGCUCUGCCCGAUGAGAAGAAAUGGCAAAUUUACUGCAGCAAGAAAAAGGAACAAGAAGACCCCAACAAGUUGGCCACCAGCUGGCCGGAUUACUACAUCGACCGCAUCAACUCCAUGGCUGCGAUGCAGACGCUGUUUGCUUUUGACGAAGAGGAAAUGGAGAUGAGGAACAAGGUGGUGGAAGAUCUGAAGACGGCACUGAGAACUCAACCAAUGAGGUUCGUCACGCGCUUCAUUGAGCUGGACGGCCUCACCUGCCUCCUCAACUUCCUGCGCAGCAUGGACUACGAGACGUCGGAGAGCCGCGUCCACACCUCCGUCAUCGGCUGCAUCAAGGCUCUGAUGAACAACUCCCAGGGCCGCGCCCACGUGUUGGCCCACCCCCAGAGCAUUAACACCAUCUCCCAGAGUCUGCGGACAGAGAACAUCAAAACCAAGGUGGCGGUGUUGGAGAUCCUCGGGGCCGUGUGUCUGGUUCCCGAUGGACACAAAAAGGUGCUGCAGGCCAUGGCUUAUUACCAGAAAUACGCUGCAGAGAGCUCAUCGUUCCAGACACUCCUCACUGAGCUGGACAAGAGCACGGGCCGCUACAGGGACGAGGUCAACCUGAAGACAGCCAUCAUGUCCUUCAUCAACGCCGUGCUCAACGCUGGCGCCGGCGAGGACAACCUGGAGUUCCGGCUCCAUCUAAGGUACGAGUUUCUGAUGUUGGGCAUCCAGCCGGUGAUCGACAAACUGCGAGGACACGAGAACGCCACUCUGGACAGGCAUUUGGACUUCUUUGAGAUGGUGCGGAACGAGGACGACUCGGAGCUAGCCAAACGCUUUGAUCUGACACAUGUAGACACCAAGAGUGCCGGUGCCAUGUUCGAGCUGAUCAAGAAGAAGUUGAACCACACGGACUCGUACCCACACCUCCUCUCCGUUCUCCAGCACUGUCUGCAGAUGCCCUACAAGCGCGGGGGGGGCAGUCUGCAGCACUGGCAGCUGCUGGACCGAAUCCUGCAGCAGAUCGUUCUCCAGGACGACAAAGGAGAGGAUCCGGACGCGGCUCCUCUGGAGAACUUCAGCGUCAAGAACAUCAUUCGAAUGUUGGUGAAUGAGAACGAGGUGAAACUAUGGCGAGAACAAGCAGAGAAGUUCAGGAAAGAACACACUGAGCUGAUGGCCAGACUGGAGAGGAAGGAGCGCGAAUGUGACACCAAAACACAGGAGAAGGAGGAGAUGAUGAAGACGCUGAACAAAAUGAAGGACAAGCUGCAGCGUGAGGGGGUGGAGCUUCGCACGGCCAGGGAACAAGUGCUGGACCUGUCGUCACGCAUCAGUGACAUCACAAGUGGCAACGUGUCUUUCCCACCUGCUCCCCCUCCUGGUGGGCCUGUGCCCCCCCCUCCACCACCUAUGACCAUCGGCUUCCCUCCCCCUCCUCCUCCCCCUCUACCUAUCAGCUGCCCGCCUCCUCCACCACCUCCACCGCCACCUGGUGGCCCGCCCCCUCCACCAGGAGCCCCACCUGUCUUUGGCGUGCCCCCUCCUGUCCCGUCGUCCUUCGGCGUGACGAACGCGAUGCGUUCCAAGUCCAUCCCUCAGCCGUCGCAUCCUUUGAAGUCCUUCAACUGGUCAAAACUCGGAGAGAAUGUGAUCAACGGUACUAUCUGGAACGACAUCGAUGACCUCAGAGCGUUCAAGAUUCUGGACCUGAAGGACAUCGAGAAGAUGUUUUCAGCCUAUCAGAGACAGCAGGACCUGCUCAAUAACCAAUCCUUCAAACAGAAAGAGACGGGCUCGAUGGACGACAUAUACGUCAGCACACGGAAGGUCAAAGAACUGUCGGUCAUCGAUGGCAGACGAGCACAGAACUGUGUUAUCCUGCUCUCAAAGUUAAAAAUGAGCAACGAGGAGAUUCGGAGAGCGAUCCUAGAGAUGGACGAGAGAGAAGAGCUGGCCAAAGAUAUGUUGGAACAGCUGCUGAAGUUCAUACCAGAGAAGAGCGACGUUGACCUGUUGGAGGAACAUAAACACGAGCUGGAGCGCAUGGCCCGGGCCGACCGCUUCCUCUUUGAAAUGAGCAGAAUCGACCACUACCAGCAGAGGCUGCAGGCUCUGUUCUUCAAGAAGAAGUUUGCUGAACGUCUGGGUGAGACCAAGCCCAAAGUCGAAGCGCUCCUGAACGCAUCACGGCAGGUGGUUCGCAGCAGGAGGCUGAACCAGAUCCUGGAGGUGGUCCUGGCCUUUGGCAACUUCAUGAACAAAGGCCAGAGAGGGAACGCAUACGGCUUCAAGAUCUCCAGUCUCAACAAGAUCGCUGACACCAAGUCCAGUAUAGACAGGAACAUCACCAUGCUGCACUACCUGAUCAUGAUCUUUGAGAAGAACUACCCCGACACGCUGCACAUCCAGGAGGACCUCAGCUGUGUACCAGAGGCCGCCAAAGUCAAUUUGGCUGAGUUGGAAAAGGAGGUGAACAACAUCAGGAGUGGACUGAAGGCUCUGGAGGCGGAGCUGCACUACCAGCAGAGCAGGAUGAGGGAACACGGGGACAAGUUUGUGGCUGUGAUCUGUGACUUCAUCACCGUGGCUGGUUUCAGCUUCUCUGAACUGGAGGACCAGCUGAGUGAGGCCAAGGACAAGUUUUCUAAAUCUCUGAAGCACUUUGGGGAGGACGAAGGAAGGAUGCAGCCAGACGAGUUCUUCGGCAUCUUUGACACCUUUCUACAGUCGUUCUGCGAAGCACGGCAGGACCUGGAGAACAUGCAGAGACGCAAGGAGGAGGAGGAGCGGAGGGCACGGAUGGAGGCCAUGCUAAAAGAUCAGAGGGAACGAGAACGGCGUACCAAGAAGACGGGAGCCAGCGACGAGGUCGGUGGAGAGUUUGAUGACCUGGUGUCAGCGCUGCGUUCUGGCGAGGUCUUUGACAAGGACCUGAACAAGUUCAAGCGAAACCGCAAGCGUUCUGUAAACCAGCUGGUGGAGGGCGGCGGGCGCGAGCGAGCUGUUACUAAGGUCAACUACUAGUCUGGGGACAGGAAGGACACAACGACACUACAACACCUUUAAUUCUGCCCUGGUGGAGCUGGAUUAGCACCUUUAGUCCAGGUCCUCAAACAGUGACCACGGCCACCGGGGCGGACGUUACUACGGCUGGACUGGACACGGACCGACAGUUCUGCUGAUUCGAAGGAUGCAACACUUUACUCUGGAAUCUCAUCGACCCGUCGGACCUAGAGGUUGAGUGAUCUCCUGAGCUGGACACAGGACAUCAGAGAUGGACGGAUGGACGGACGGACCACUGUGAUACAUUAUCCCUUCACCACCUCGUCCUCCGAC